UCCUCCUUCCUUCGCCCCCGCCGCCGCACGUAGAACUGCCGCCUGCUGGCUGCUGCUCGCCGGCCAUUGCUGACCUCACUCUCGCCAGCCAGCCUCCAUUACCCGUUGCUUGCAAGCCUCGCGCGGUCGCGCCCCGCAUUAUUGCCACCUGCCGGCUGCCGCUCUAUAUAUACAUACAAGCGCGCGCCGCGCACACGCAAGAAGAACAGUGGUUGUUGGAUUGGAGAGUGCGCGAUCCAGCUAGCGGGCCGAGGGAGCCAGCAGCCAGGAGGAGCGAGCGGGCGAGCGAUGGUGUUCUUCUGCUUCCUGGUGGACCAGCGGCGGAAGGUGCGGAGCAGCAAGCCGGCGGCGGGGAUCUGCUCGCGCUGCGGCGGGUGCGCUAGCGUGGCGGACAUGGAGACCGCCACCAGGGUCUGCUACCUGCUCACCGUGCACCGCCGCACCUGGCGCGCCAUCAUCUGCACCUUCUGCGGCGCCAUGCUCAAGUCCUACCGCCACUACAGGCUCUACUGAUCAGUCCCGAUCGAUCGUGCAUCGAGAUCGAGCGCUGGUAAUUGUGCUAUUACCGGUAGAUCGAGUCGGUCAGUGGAUGACGCGCCUGCUUUGCGAGGUGUAGUGAUGAGCUUGAGUGAUCUGUUCUUCUUUGACUGGGUGAUCUUGCUCGCGACUAUUAGUUCUUUUUCCUGCUUCAUUGUGCUGGGGUUUGCAGAGUAUUGUAAUGGCAGCUUGCCGGUUCAUGCGUGUAAAUAUGGGGAUGGGAGUCAUGCAUGGACAUGAAGUGAAUUAAUUCUGUGUCAUCCAUCUGAUCUGACCACUAGUGAUCCUCCUCCUCGUCGUCGUGGAGCAUAGAAUGAUUCUUCUUCGGAAAUAAUCUUGCACACGAAUCGCAUUUCGGCUCUUGUUGUGUAUUCAUAUA